UAUGUUUUUGUGUGAGUGUGUGUGUGAGAGUGGCCGAGUGUUUGUGUGUGAGAGUGUGUGAGAGAGUGUGUGUGUGUGUGUGUGUGUGAGUGAGUGUGUGUGUGAGUGUGUCUAAAUCCCGCGAGGACAUGGUUUAACUGUGGUAUCUAUAUUAUAUCUAUCUAUAUUACUGAUCCAGUCUUGUUCCAUAUAUAUUAUUAUUAUCUAUUCAGUUGCGUUUCGGGAUUUCUGCUUCAUUAAGUGGAACAGCAGGGCGGGGCGUUGCGCAUGCGCACUGCAACUCGCGUCGCAAAUCUCCCCUUAUCGGCAAUAGCCAGAAGUGUGUUGGCGCAUCGUCGGGGAAAAGCUGUCAUUUUAAACGGACGUGAUAUUUCUCUAUCAGUUUCGCUACCUGUGAAUCACAGCUCACAUAACAUUUUAGCGCAUUUGUCAUUGUGUUUGCCAGCAGACGGCAGGUGUCGUCCAUCCAGGGCGUCGACUUGAGCAUCAGUUUAACGGUUUGUGGCUGAAGCGGCGAACAAUAAACAGCCCGCAAUCACUGUGGAAAUGUCCGGAUACCAGGGCAAAAAGAACAUCCCUCGCAUCACUAGUGACCGUCUCCUUAUCAAAGGGGCGAAGAUUGUGAAUGAUGAUCAGUCCUUCCAUUCUGACAUCUAUAUGGAGGAUGGCGUUAUUAAGCAAAUUGGUGAGAACCUCAUUGUUCCAGGCGGGGUAAAGACCAUUGAUGCCUAUGGCAGGAUGCUGAUCCCUGGUGGAAUUGAUGUGCACACCCGCUUCCAGAUGCCUAACAGGGGCAUGACAGCUGCUGAUGACUUCUACCAGGGCACUCGUGCUGCUCUUGCUGGGGGCACCACUAUGAUAAUUGACCAUGUGGUUCCAGAGCCAGGUGUUAGCCUUAUUGCUGCAUUUAACCAGUGGAGGGAAUGGGCAGACAGUAAGUCCUGCUGUGAUUUCUCGCUCCAUGUGGACCUCACUGAGUGGCACAAUGGCAUGCAGGAGGAGAUGGAGUCGCUGGUGAAGGACCAUGGUGUCAACUCGUUCCUGGUCUAUUUGGCCUAUAAGGAUGUUUUCCAGCUUAAUGACUCUCAGAUGUAUGAGGUGUUUAGUGUGAUUCGAGACCUGGGAGCCAUUGCCCAAGUGCAUGCUGAGAAUGGGGAUAUCAUUGCUGAGGAGCAGAAAAGAAUCCUGGAGUUGGGCAUCACUGGCCCAGAGGGUCAUGUUCUCAGUCGCCCCGAAGAGGUGGAAGCUGAGGCAGUCAAUCGUGCAGUAACGGUGGCCAAUCAAACCAAUUGCCCUCUGUACAUCACCAAGGUGAUGAGCAAGAGUGCUGCUGAUGUAAUUGCUCAGGCCAGGAAAAAAGGUACUGUAGUGUACGGGGAGCCUAUCUCUGCUAGUCUUGGCACCGAUGGCACUCACUACUGGAGCAAGAACUGGGCCAAGGCUGCUGCCUAUGUGACAUCUCCACCUUUGAGCCCAGACCCCACCACCCCUGACUAUCUUAACUCUCUACUUUCCUGUGGUGAUCUGCAGGUAACUGGCAGUGCUCACUGUACCUUUAACACUUCUCAGCGUGCUGUGGGCAAAGACAACUUCACCCUCAUCCCAGAGGGCACCAAUGGCACUGAGGAGCGGAUGUCUCUCAUCUGGGACAAAUGUGUGGUGACUGGUAAGAUGGAUGAGAAUCAAUUUGUGGCUGUAACCAGCACCAAUGCGGCCAAGAUUUUUAACCUGUACCCACGUAAGGGACGCAUUGCUGUGGGCUCUGAUGCUGACUUGGUACUAUGGGACCCUGAUGUCACUAAGAUCAUCUCUGCCAAGAGCCACAACCUGGCUGUUGAAUAUAAUAUCUUCGAAGGUGUGGAGGUGCGUGGUGCUCCCAUAGUGGUGAUCAGCCAGGGUAAGAUUGUUCUGGAGGAUGGAAACCUCCAUGCUACUGAGGGAUCAGGGCGCUACAUAACCCGCAAAACUUUUCCCGACUAUGUUUACAAGAGGAUAAAGGCUCGCAGCAGGCUUGCAGAGCUGCGAGGCGUCCCACGUGGACUUUAUGAUGGUCCAGUGUGUGAGGUCACAGUGACACCCAAAAUAAUGGCCCCUGUGACUUCCAACAAGACCUCACCAACCAAGCCCCUCUCUCAACCCAUUCGCAAUCUGCAUCAGUCUGGAUUCAGUCUGUCCGGAGCUCAAAUUGAUGACAACAUUCCCCGCCGCACCACUCAGCGCAUCGUAGCUCCCCCUGGUGGCAGGGCAAACAUCACCAGUUUGGGUUAAAGAACACACUUCAAAAGUCAUGAACGAAAGGGGUGGCAGGGAAUCAAGUUUCCUUCCCUCUGGUUAUUAGUCCAACCAAUGAGAUCCCUACCAGGCCCCUACAGUACAAUGUCAGAAUGACAACAUUCUCAAAUUCCUCAUCAGUAUUUUACUAAAAAAAAAGGUCAAUAUUGUGUAUUUUCCCAACAUUAACUACUAUUUGUUUUUUCCUUGUAGGAAGAGUAACGUGAAUCUAAACUAUACUUGUAUUAUUUUAUUGUUACACAUAAAUCAUGGAGAUGAGAAAAAUUCUUUAGUCAAUUCUUUAUUCCUUUGGUCAUUUUGUUUAUUCAGCACACAUUUCUAAUGCUGCACACAUUGCUAACAAUUGCUGUUUUUUUAGGAUAUUUUCUCAUGUUUAAGGAUUUGGGUAAUUAGGUGUGUUUUGGUGUCUUUCAUUUUUUUCUGGUGUCUUUUGUUUUUUUUGUUGUUAGCAUUCUUGAAUUUGUUUUCAUGAACUUUCUUGGCAUUAUAUAAAAACAGUCAUGUUUGUAACUGUUCAUGCUUUUUGCUUUUCAAGGUCAUUUCUUUCAAAUUUAGAGUUAGACCAUUUUUAUCCUCUGAAUAGUGAGGUUUUCACAGCACACAGUGUUUGGCUGAAUACAAGAAAACCAUCCCUUUCCCUUCUUUUAAAUUCCCAUAUUCCCCCAUCUCUAGAUGUCUAUACAGUAAGUUUAGUAUCCUGGCAACAGUCUUUUAACCCUUAACCUAUUGUUUAUUUAUGACAGGCAUGUUGUGGUGCGGUUUGACACUGCUGUUGUGGAAUGGGCUAGGCUACUCUUCCAGCUAGGCCACAGUUUGUAACACUUACCCACCAGUAGUCACCAAGCUCCCUCAUUCCUUUACAGCUUUUUUUAUCCUUAUGAUCUUCACUGUAUGGUCAUAUUUGUGGUUUCUUAGUGACCAUAGUGAUUGCAUAUCAUCUGGCAUGUGUAGAAUUGAUCCUGUGGCGAUAUGGUGUUGAGUCAGUUUUUAUUUAAACAAAAGUUAAAAUUGUUUUUACUUUUAAUUUUCCUGUUUUUGUUAAUGUCAUUCACUUGCCUGCUUGUUUAAUAGAUGGUUCUUGACUGUCUGUGAGUAUUGUUAUAAAGACUUAAGAAUUUCUGAUGAAAAAAUGUGUACAGAGUUUGUCCCUCUGCUUCAUUCCAUCCAUUGUAUGAAAUGUUACUGCUUAAAGACCAAGUAAUCCUCAAAUGUGACACUAAGCAGAUUUCUUCCUGUGUGGUAGCAUUAAAAGGUCAUAUAAGAUUAAACAGACCUCUGGCAAUACUUAAUAUUCAUAAAACAUGACUGUAAACCAUUACUCCUCAAUUGCUAAUGUUUACGGUCCUACAGGAAUAUAGAACUGUGGUGGAAGAAGAACAAGUGGUGCCAGUACCAGUACAUAUAAAUACAGUACUGCUAUACUUUGCCCUUGAAGUGUCUAAAUAUCCAAUAGAUUUGCAAAUUGCAGAGGAGAAAGAAUAUUUUUGUGUCUUUGUUAUUUUGAUUUUUAUGACUUGUUAACCUUUGUCAUGCAUUGUUGAAGGUAAAAAAGUGUAGACAGUGUAUGUUUUAUAGGCUACUGGGAUCUGCAAAUGUUUUCUUUCUCACUCAGAAAGCUUUGCAUUCCAUAUGUGUUUAAUGAAAUGAUUUUAAGUAUUAAAAAUGAAACAAAAUCUUAAAA